CGAAAAUACAGUUACAUUUGUUGCAUGUGCCAAACGAGAUCAUGAACUGCCUGAGCCUGAACGUGCUGAGCCUCUUGAGCUUCGUGUGGUGCGCCACAGCGUUAGUGCACUACCAGAAAAUGGACAAGGGAACCAACGGAUGCAAAACCAAACCGGAGCCAGAUGCCAAGCCAGAUGACAAAAUUAUCGAACUGAAAGUGGGUGGAGUGUUGAAAGAUAAAAACACCUGCGGCAUCUAUGUGUGCCAGAACAUACAUGGCGAUGCAUUGAUUCAUUACUGCCAGAAGCCGGUGCCCUUCGAAAUGUGCAGCACGGACGGUGUGGCAACAGAUACACCGUUCCCAGAGUGCUGCUGGAAGUGUGUAGGCUAUGUGAGCUGUGAUGGCCCGCAAGCGGCCGCACCACCAGAGAAAGUCGAAUUAUCACCCGAAGAACGACAAGGAAGAAAAAUCCGAAAACUCGUCGCCGAUGAAAAUCCAGCGAAAAGGAACAAAAAGAAAACGAAUCUCUUCAAACACAAAAAUUGAGAGUAUGAGCAGAUCAAUCAUUAUAAAUAGGGUUAAUA